UGACGCGACUCGCAACCCCAUUAGCCCAAAACUUCUUCGCCUUCGUUCCCAAACAUCCGCCGCUAAAACCUUUCUCCCGACAAGCCCCGAUUCAACCUCGGCUUCGAUGGCGAGCUCUGUCCAAAGCCACCUACUCUCCAGGCUAUCCGUCUACGCUCCUUCACGGCCAAGUUUUCUUUCAAUCUCCCGCUCCUUCGCGGCCAAGGCAUCCGCGCCCAAGCCACGGGAGAGCCCUCUCCUCGAGCCGGCGCCGGCGGACGACGAGGAGGUCCCCACCUCGGGGAUCAGCCGGCCCCUCUCGGAGAUCCUUAAAGAAGUCGGCAAGAGAGUCCCCGACUCCCUCGUCAAGACCCGCGUCGAAGACGAUUUCUCCAUCAAAUACGUCCCCUGGCACAUCCUCAAUCGAAUUCUAAAUUUACAUGCUCCAGAAUGGUCUGGUGAGGUCCGAAGUAUUGUUUACUCAGCUGAUGGCAAGUCUGUGACUGUAGUUUAUCGUGUAACUCUCUAUGGAACUGAUGCUGAGAUUUACAGAGAAGCAAGUGGAACUGCUUCUGUUGAAGAUACGAAUUAUGGAGACCCUGUACAGAAGGCAGAAGCAAUGGCUUUCCGACGAGCUUGCGCACGUCUUGGGCUUGGCCUUCAUCUCUAUCAUGAAGAUGCGUCUUAGCAAAAGUAAGAUACUGAAAAUCCAAUGUUGUGGCGUGGAAUCCAGUUGCUCACAUGGAGAGCCAGUUUUCAAAAUUAGAGCAGCAGCAUCAUACUACCAAAUUCCAACAGUUUCUACAAUACAAAGUGCAACUCCAAGCGCAGUCAGCCCAGUUAGUCUGGAUCUCAGGUCAAAACAGUAAUGCAACUGAUGGAGUGGAUGACAGUCUGCUGAUUGAUGGUCGUCAAACUUAAUUUUGAAAGAAAGAUGACCAUUCUGUCAAGGAGGGAGGGAGGGACAUGGGCAUAAAUUUGAGUUUUAAGUUCAAUUGGAGCGGCAAAGUUCAUUUAAAGACUUCUGUGGUGUGUUUCCUCUGCUUGCAGGGGUUCGGGUGUUGGAGUGUUGAUCUUUUGAGUCCGUUCUCUCUCUCAUUUAAGCUAACUAGGAUCAUAUUAUGGUGUUGAUCCUUGCUUCUUUUCUCUCUUUUUUGGCGGCUGUCUAAUUCUUUUCUUUUUUCUUUUUAUUUGUUUUUUCCAGGACAAGUGUAGAGAACUUCUAUAGAUUUGAUUUCUGUUUUUGAUUGCCAUUGUUAACUCAAAUAAUCAAUUGUUAUUUAGGUGCUUUUGAGCUUUGAUCCA